AUGGCUGACACACAAAUCUGGCAUCAAUAUGUUGGAGAGAACACAUACAUUGGACCAUUACUAGUGGAAAGAAUUGAGGAAAGAAAGUGUCGAAGAUUGAAGCAUCUAAGGUUAAGAUCUUGUCAGGUAUGCCAGACCCCAAAUGCAACUGAAACAACAGAUGAGAUGCUCUGCUUUUGCAUCCGUUCCAAAGCCACCAAGGUGCAUCUUCAGGCAGCGAACUUCACAAAACUGGCCCUUGAAAAAGCUGAUAUAAUGCAAAUGAAAUUGUUGGCUCUAGUUCAAGACACAGAGAACCCAGCUGACUCCAUUGUGAAGAAAGUCAAUGAAAUUAUGAAGGAUAUUAACAUCCUGAACAGCAUUCUCUUGCAGGCCCCUCCUGGCGAGUUCAGCGAAGUCGUCAAUGAUAUGCGAGCUUUGCUAAAUGAUGAUGAACUGAUAUGUGAGAACAUAGAACGAAUCACUGCAAAGUAUAACCUGGAACAAUUCAUUCCUGUUGCAGUAAAGGAACACAAGGGAAAGGUGCUAAUCACUGAACAUGGUGACCUUGGGAAUGGAUAUUUUCUGGAUCCAAUGCAGAAGGUUUCUUUUAAGUUUGAUCACUUGAACAAAAAUGUUUCUGACAUCCAACCGUAUGAAUUAGAUAUUUCCAUGGAGAGCUGGAGAGGAGCUAUAGAAAGUGCACUCACUAGUUAUGUGGAGAAGCAUUACCCGGAUGGAAACUGCUCUGUAUAUGGGAAAACCUAUGGCAAUCAGAAAGUUAUCACUGCCUGCAUUGAAUCUCACAAAUAUCAGCGAAAUGAGUUCUGGAAUGGCUUUUGGAAAUCCGAAUGGAAACUUGUGUUCUCCCCACCAAAUGCUGAAGUCUCAGGCGCAAUUAAGGUGCAGGCUCAUUACUUUGAGGAGGGUAGCAUCAAUUUGACCAGUAAUGUUGAUCUGAAACAGAAUCUUUCUCGAAAGAAUGAAUGCGAAGGAGCUGCAGAGUUUGUGAAAAUGGUUGAAAAUGCUGACACUGAAUUCCAGGUAGCUCAUGGCUGGUGUUUGUAUAUUUAA